CUAGUCAGCCAUCUCGGAAACCAAAAAUAGCUGAAACAUUAAAGCCCUCUUGACGCUUUCUGGUAUAUUAGCCACGGUGUUUGGACACAUUUAUGUCAUCUAGUUCGUUGUCACAAUUAAUGUAAUAUUUACGUUGUUGUUUUUGGUCAGCUAGCUGGCUGGUUAAGUUAGCACUAGCAUAGCUAGCUAACAUCUCCGACCAUGAGGUCACUAAACUACUCUUCUGUUAAAGAAGUGAAAGAGGAGGAGGAAGAGGAGGCUGUUACAGUGAAACAAGAAGAGGAAGACGUUUCAGUGAAAGAAGAGGAAGACGCGUUCAGAGUGAAAGAGGAGGAGGAUGUUAGUGUAAAAGAAGAGGAAGAAGAGAAAGAGGAGGAUGAUGUUAGUGUAAAAGAAGAGGAAGAAGAGAUGGACAUUUCAGUGAAAGAAGAGGAAGAAGCGUUCCGAGUGAAAAUGGAGGAGGAUGUUAAGGUGGAGGAGGAAGAGAAAGAGGAGGAUACCGUUUUUGUAAUGAAGGAGGAAGGAGAGAUAACUGUCAUAUUGGAGGAGGAAGAGGAGAUUGGAGAACUGAUUAACACCAGAGAGACGCGUGACAACCGUGGAUCCUCUGGGGAGCCUCAACAACAACAUCAUGAUGCUGACGAGGCAGAGGAGAGUCUCUCCGCAUCAGCACACCUCAAGAAACACCAGCAGAGACCCAAAACGAAAACUCACUGCUGCUCUGACUGUGGGAAAGGUUACAAAUAUUCAUCAGCUCUUAAAAAACACCAGAGGUUCCACACCGGAGAGAAAGUAUACCACUGCUCAGACUGUGGGAGGAGGUUUACUUCCUCAGUCGGAAUGCAAUUACACCAGAGAACCCACACUGGAGAGAAACCGUACCACUGCUCAGAUUGCGGGAUGGGUUUUACUACCUCAUGUAGACUGAUAUCACAUCAGAGAAUCCACACUGGAGAGAAACCAUACAUCUGCUCUGACUGUGGGAUGAGUUUUACAACCUCAGGUGGAAUGAUAUCACACCAGAGAGUACACACUGAGAAGACUUUUGCUGCCCGGACAGCCCUGGCUACUCACAAACGAAUCCACACUAGGGAGAAACCAUUUCACUGCUCCGACUGUGGAAUGAGCUAUAUUACCUUCAGCGGCCUGAAAACACACCAGUCUAAACAUACCGGAGAGAAACCGUAUAGCUGUGAUGUAUGUGGGGAUAGUUUUUCUCUCUCCACAACCCUAUCUAUUCAUAAACGAAUACACACAGGUGAGAAACCUUACCACUGCCUUGACUGUGGAAUUAGCUUUUCUGCCUCAAGUGGCCUGAGAAGACACCAGAGAAAACAUACAGGAGAGAAGCCUUAUAGCUGUGAUCAGUGUGGGAAGGGUUUUCUUCGAUCAGACUCCCUGGCAAAACACAAGGCAAGAGCCACAGAGUGUAGAAUGAUCUCCAACACCAGACCUGGGUAGUAGAACAGAGUGUAGAAUGAUCUCCAAUACUAGACCUGGGUAGUAGAACAGAGUGUGGAAUGAUCUUUGUGAUAACUUUUGAUGUGGUAGUGUGUGUGUGUGUGUGUUCAACCUGUAUUUAAAAAUCCUACCACUUUUGAUUGAUCUAAUGUCAAAUGAUCACAAUUUUAAUUUUGUAAAUGGUGGAACAUUUUAUAGAAAAUGUUAUAGAUGGAGCAUCAGGACAAUACAUGUGAUGUUUUGGUGUAGUUGGAGACCCUAGAAGUUUUCACAUUCCAGAUAUUGCUGCAUAUAAACAGAAAAAUGUAUUAUUUAAUAUCAUGUAGCCUCGACUCCAGGUUUCAUUGACGUUGCUCUCCAAAAGCCUGAGCAAGUUCAUUUUGGAAAAGUAGGUAUGAAAGCAUCCUGAUUACCUUUGGCUGAUGGCUGAUUGGCUGCUGGCUGAUUGGCUGAGAGUAUACUCCAUUUUUCCAAAUCAACCAUCAUUUCCAUCCCUCUUCAGAAACAGAGUAAGCUAAGAAAACUCAUUUCAGUCUUCUAUAAACCCUGGGACCCUGACCCUGGGACCCUCGGACCCUAACCCUGGAACCCUGACCCUGACCCCUUUCGCCGGGACCCUAACCCUGGGACUCGACCCUGGGACCCUAACCCCUUUCCCUGGGACUCUGACCCUGGGACCCUAACCCUGGAACUCUGACCCUGGGACCCUAACCCUGGAACUCUGACCCUGGGACUCUAACCCUGGGACCCUGAACCCUUUCGCCGGGACCCUAACCCUGGGACUCGACCCUGGGACCCUAACCCCUUUCCCUGACCCUGGGACUCUGACCCUGGGACCCUAACCCCUUUCCCUGGGACUCUGACCCUGGAACCCUGAUCCUGGGACCCUAACCCUGGAAACCCUGACCCUGGGACCCUAACCUUGGGACCCUAACCCCUUUCCCUGGGUAAACUUGGAACAUUGUUAUACGCGUAAGUAAAUAAAGGAGUGGAUGAGAGACUGGGUUUGUAUGUCAGAGGUUAAUGGUUCUCUGUAGAAAGACAGAUGCUAGCCUAGCUGAGUAAUGGCUGUGGAAUGUGUUGGAUGGACCGGAGGAGAUCACAGGAUUGCUAUAGGGUAAGCGGAUGGACAUCUGUGGAUUAGGCGAAAGAGGGGUCGAAGUCAGGAGGUCAGGUCAGAUCCCCUGAAGGGGAUAAGAUGUAAGGAUUGGAGAGGAGUGUCCCAAGUGGUGUGUAUAUACUGGUGAUGGUGGAAACAUGUUGUUGUCUGAAUUACAGCUGUAACGACCCUUUGGGAAGAAUUAAACUUGCUUAAGCUUC